UCGAAGUUGAUCCUUGGCCUAGCAGAUAUAGGUGUAUCGUUUUCUGUGCUUCGAACGAGUUGAGGCGUGAAAAGUGAAAAUCAUGGAGAAGUUCACGAUAUUUUUGUUCAGCUCUAACACAAUCUAUCUGCUAGUGGCCUGCUUUUUGGUGACUCUGAUUAUGCUACUCUUGGAAGUGAGGCAGAAAAUUAGUGUCAAAAGUGAUCUUGUGAAGCUGGUGAAGAGUUUCCUAUUCGGACAAUGGUUGUCAGUGUUUACGCAGAAUAAUAAGAAUCGCAAUUUGAACGAUACGGAAGUGAAAGUGCUACGCAGGGCUCCAGGUCCCAAGAGCUAUCCAAUCAUCGGAAAUCUGAAAGAUUUGGAUGGCUAUGAAGUUCCGUAUCAGGCGUUCAGCGUACUGGCGAAGAAAUAUGGACCGGUUGUGAAUCUAAAACUUGGUGUCGUCGAUGCAGUAGUUAUCAACGGAAUCGAGCACAUCAAGGAAGUGUUGAUCAACAAGGCUCAGUACUUCGAUAGCCGCCCGAAUUUCCGCCGUUAUCAGCUGCUCUUUUCCGGAAAUAAGGAGAACUCACUUGCAUUCUGCGACUGGUCCGAGGUCCAGAAAGCUCGUCGUGACAUGCUUGUGCCACAUACCUUCCCACGUAAUUUCUCCGGCCGUUUCAACGAGCUCAACGGCGUCAUCAACGAUGAGAUUCGUCUGGUGAUUGGAGAAAGCAACGUGAAUAGAGUCAUCGAGAUCAAACCGAUCAUCAUGAACAUCUGCGCGAAUGUGUUUUCGCAGUACUUUGCCAGUCACCGUUUUGAACUGGAAGAUCCAAAAUUCCAAAAGUUGGUCAAGAACUUUGACCAGAUUUUCUACGAAGUGAAUCAAGGUUAUGCCGCGGAUUUCCUACCUUUCCUGCUUCCAUUGCACCACAGAAAUCUGAAACGCAUGGAUCAGCUAGCCGAGGAAAUCCGUGAGAUCAUGCUUGAAACGAUCAUCAACGAUCGUUAUGAUAACUGGGUUGAAGGAAACACCGAGAACGACUAUGUCGAUAGCUUGAUCAACCAUGUCAAGUCCAAGAUCGGCCCGGACAUGGAAUGGGAAACUGCUUUGUUCGCAUUGGAGGACAUCAUUGGCGGUCACUCAGCAGUGGCCAACUUCCUCGUCAAAACAUUCGGUUACAUCAUUCAACAUCCUGAAGUGCAGCAGAACAUCCAAUCAGAAGUGGACCGUGUACUUGAAACGGAAGGCAAACACACCGUAGACCUGUCCGAUCGCAACCACAUGCCGUACACCGAAGCCGUCAUCAUGGAAGCGCUGAGACUGAUCGCUUCUCCCAUCGUUCCCCACGUCGCCAACCAGGACAGCCAAAUUGGAGGUUACGAUGUGCCCAAGGAUACGCUGAUCUUUCUCAACAACUACGACCUCAGCAUGUCGGAGAACCUCUGGGAGAACCCGAACGAUUUCGUCCCCGAACGUUUCCUGCAAAAUGGCCGCCUCGUCAAGCCGGACUUCUUCAUCCCCUUCGGAGCCGGCCGUCGUUCGUGCAUGGGCUACAAGAUGACGCAGCUGAUCAGUUUCUCAAUCAUCGCCAAUCUACUGAGAUCAUACACAAUCACACCGCUUUCCGGGCACUCCUACUUCGUUCCGGUGGGCUCGCUCGCAAUGCCGGAGAAGUCAUAUGAAUUUCAAAUCAACCUUCGACAUUGAAAUCUUCGUUCUCCUUCCUCAACCCUACCCCUCCCUCUUUCAAACAUUCCACAGUCGCACAUAUUUUUACACACAUCCUGACCGGCCACAUGAUUGGCAAAAUACUCGUUCGUCACCGAUCGCCGAUUUGUAAUUUAAUUCCAUCUCAAUCCCCCUCGAUCGCGAAUGUCGCGAAUGCAAAUGUGUCCGCCAAAAAACAGAACUGAGGAGACUUUGCAUACGCCGACGAAGUCCUUGAAAGCACGUGCUUCCAAACCGGAAGCAAUGAUUCCCCCCAAUCAUCCCUUCCUGGUUUCCUCGACGUUUCAAGUGUAGGUGAAGAUCGUUCUUGUAGAUGAAAAUGUGAAAGUAUUCAUUGUAUUAUUACUAGUGUAUUGAACAAUUGCCCGACUUUUGCUGUGAUGUAGUACAAGGAGAUCUCGGAAAUGAGAACUCUGCGCUGAGAUAGAAAUCGUAAAAGACAACAAAAAAUCAUGAGAGAAAGUGAGAGUGAGCACUAUCGUAAACCUAAGUUUAUAAGAAGAUAUACAUUUCUACUGUGACUAUUAGCUUGUAGAUGAGCCCUAUCAACUGAUUACCAUUUUACUCGUCGACUGGUGUCCUAGUUGUGCAUGUCAUUUGUUCAAGGAUACAUUACUUAUAUUACCCUAGUAUAGCGCGAAUGACUGCUAGACAGAGAAUGUGCAUGAAGCGUUUGCCAAAGAUUAAGUGAAAACAAAAGUUCAAUGUCAAUUCGUCAACGUUCAUUCAUGGAUUGAUUGGUUAGAGACUAUGUUGCACAAAGUAGGAACAUUACUGAAAUUGAUAAGCGAUUCUAGUGUAGGUGAAGAGGAAUGUUUUGGCUUGAUAAAUCGAUAUUCGCUACGCCUAGAAGAGUGUAUGAAAUAAUAAAGUUUUA